ACCCGCGCGGCAGCGGCGGCUGGCGGGCGGCCGCCCUUUUAAAUCCCCGGGCUCAUUUGCAUGGCCCCGCCCCCUGAGUGACACGGCUGGCGCGGGCGGGCCCGUCCCCCCUGCCCCUGGGUCGCUCUUUUUAAGCUCCCCUGAGCCGGUGCUGCGCUCCUCUAAUUGGGACUCCGAGCCGGGGCUAUUUCUGGCGCUGGCGCGGCUCCAAGAAGGCAUCCGCAUUUGCUACCAGCAGCGGCCGCGGCGGAGCCAGGCCGGUCCUCAGCGCCCAGCACCGCCGCUCCCGGCAACCCGGAGCGCGCACCGCAGGCCGGCGGCCGAGCUCGCGCAUCCCAGCCAUCACUCUUCCACCUGCUCCUUAGAGAAGGGAAGAUGAGCGAAUCGAGCUCGAAGUCCAGCCAGCCCUUGGCCUCCAAGCAGGAAAAGGACGGCACUGAGAAGCGGGGCCGGGGCAGGCCGCGCAAGCAGCCUCCGGUGAGUCCCGGGACAGCGCUGGUAGGGAGUCAGAAGGAGCCCAGCGAAGUGCCAACACCUAAGAGACCUCGGGGCCGACCAAAGGGAAGCAAAAACAAGGGUGCUGCCAAGACCCGGAAAACCACCACAACUCCAGGAAGGAAACCAAGGGGCAGACCCAAAAAACUGGAGAAGGAGGAAGAGGAGGGCAUCUCGCAGGAAUCCUCGGAGGAGGAGCAGUGACCCAUGCGUGCCGCCUGCUCCUCACUGGGGGAGCAGCUUCCUUCUGGGACUGGACAGCUUUGCUCCGCUCCCACCGCCCCCACCCCUUCCCCAGGCCCACCAUCACCACUGCCUCUGGCCGCCACCCCCAUCUUCCACCUGUGCCCUCACCACCACACUACACAGCACACCAGCCGCUGCAGGGCUCCCCUGGGCUGAGUGGGGAGCAGUUUUCCCCUGGCCUCAGUUCCCAGCUCCCCCCACCCAUCCACGCAUACACACAUGCCCUCCUGGACAAGGCUAACAUCCCACUUAGCCGCACCCUGCACCUGCUGCGUCCCCACUCCCUUGGUGGUGGGGACAUUGCUCUCUGGGCUUUUGGUUUGGGGGCGCUCUCUCUGCUCCUUCACUGUUCCCUCUGGCUUCCUGUAGUGGGACCUGGGAGGGUUCCCCUGGCCUUAAAAGGGGCCCAAGCCCCAUCUCAUCCUGGCCCACCCUACUCCACUGCCCUGGCAGCAGCAGGUGUGGCCAGUGGAGGAGGUGCUGGCCCCAGGAUUCUCCCAGCCAAACUGUCUUUGUCACCACAUGGGGCUCACACUUUUCAUCCUUCCCCACCUUCCCUAGUCCCUGCACUAGGUUGGACGGCCCCCUUUGGCUCCAGGAAGGCAGGAGGGGUGUGUCCUUACUGCCCCCUUUGGCUCCAGGAAGGCAGGAGGGGUGUGUCCUUACUCCCUCUUCACUGUGGC